AUGGUCGACCUCGAUGCGGAGCGCUCCGCAAAUUUUUCGUCCGAGCCCUUCGACCACGAGGCCUUCCUCCCAGCUCCUUUGAGCUUCAAGGCUUCUGCAAACGAACUUCCUCACAAUGCCAUCCUCCACGCGCCUCCGCAUGCUCCGGGUCGGCCCGCUGCGGGCAGCAGGCGCCCGCUGGUUGAUGUCGUGGAGUUCUGUGCGGCGUCUGCGGCGGCGCCGGCGAAAAGAGCACCGGAGCUUCCGCCCUGCGGGAACUUCCAGGCGUGGAUCCUGAAGGCGACCUGCUGGGGAGGAGGCGACCCGCGCGAGCGAACGGAGCUGAUCGGGGCAGACGGCUAUGCCGGCGUGGCAUGCUGGAGCCCUGCACACAACUUCUGCUUCUCUGCAUUGCUGCCGAGGAACCGCACCUGGCAGUUGCGCGGCCAGACCAUCGGCAACUGCUUCUCGAGCUCGGCGACCUUCUACCAUGCGAGGCACAUCUGUCAGGCGCUCAACGCCACGCUGCCGACGUCCCAGCAGAUGGUUGGCUGCUGCUCCAUCGGCUGCUACGGUCUGUCUCGCGUUUGGCUGAACUCCGAGGUGCCGGAGUGCUACCAGGACUAUGACUCUCCUCCGCCAGUGCUGCCGUUUGCGCCGGAGGAGGAGCCCAUCGGCGUCCCGACGAAGGUGCCCGACCGGCGAGCUCAAGAGGAGCUCGCCCGGGCUUUCCUUCGGAAGCACGAGGAAGCGCGCAGCACCGAGAUCGACUGGGAUCCCCCUCUGCAGGUGCCGGAAGACAAAGGAAAAAGACCAGCAGAUUGCGGGAGCGUUUGUUCGAUGCGGCGGUUUAGGGCCGUAGCGAUUUGCGCUUUUGGGUUUGUGGGUUUAGUUCGUGGAGCUUUCCCGCUUGGUGUUUUAGGCUUUCGGGGUUAG